AUUUAGAUUAGGCCCGGCAGCCCGGUAAAACGUUGAUAAUGAAAAAAUUAAUAAAAUUAGCAGUAUUUGGCCCAGCCCAACAAUUGGAUAACAGAUCUUUAGUAGAGCGGAGAGAAACGCCCGUUUCUGGGUCGAGGGCGGCCGCCGCCGGCACCGACACCCCGUCUGCGUCGAUGGCGACCGCCGCCGCCGCUACCGGAUCGGAAAGAUACUGCAUCUCUGGCGAGUGACGCCGCCACCAGGUCGUCCCUGUCCUCCAUGGCGGGUGACCAUCACGGGCGACCGCCGCCGCCACCGGAUCGGACAGAUACUGCAUCGCCGGCGAAUGACACUGCCACCGUCUCCAUCGCGGGCGACCGCCGCCGCCAGCAGAUCGGGCUUGUCCUUCAUCGUCGGCGAGCUACGCCGCCACCACGUUGACAACGCCACCACGUCAAGGCUGCCGCAACAUCGAGAGACGCUGCCAGGUGGUUUGUGACUUGAGGAAAAAGCUCUGGAUCAAGAUAUCUACAAACCUCCGUUUCAUGUCCUGUUUCGCUGAGUCAACCCACCUCCAAUGUUGUAAUUUCACCAUGAACAAUAUAGCAGGAACUAAAUUGUUCUUAACUUUUGCGUUCAGAUGGCGUCGCCGCUCCGUCCUUCCCGUGUCGCCGCUCCGUCCCUGCCACCGCCCUGUCCUCUGCUCGCGUCGCCACCCUGACGCCGGCGCCCUAUUCUCCCCUCCCACCGCCACCGCCUCCCGUUGGCAUAGUGCUUCGCUGCCCGUCCGCGCUCGCUCACCACCUCCAUCCCUAACCCCUGUAAAAAUCCCCCUUUCCGGUAGCCAUCUCCGGCCGCCAUUCCGGUCCCUGGCAGCGGCCGCCUCUCGUGUCACGCUGUUCAGCGCCGCAUGGUAUUCUUCGCCCAGGACGACGUGCUCCACCCACACCUCACCGUCCGAGAGAGGCUCGCGUUCUGCGGCAUGCUGAGGCUCGCGGUCGCCGAUGCCUUGAUCGCUGACACCAUCGUGGGCAACGCGUUCGUGCGCGGCGUGUCUAGCGGCGAGCGGGAGCACGUGAACAUCGCGCACGAGCUGCUGGUGAAGCCAAGCUUACUGGUCCUCGACGAACCCACCUCCGACUCCACAGCCGCAUCCCGCCUCGUCCCCACGCUCUCGGCGCUGUCACGCAAGGAACGGACGGUGUUGCUGUCCGUGCACCAGCCGCCGUCCAGCCGUGUGUACCAGACGUUCGACUCCGUGCUGCUGCUCGCCGAGGGGAGCCAGCUCGCCGCCGUCGUGAGCUCCGAUUGAGCGCCAGUCCGGACUCCGGAGUGGUGGUGAGCCAACUGGCGGCUGCACGGUUUCGUGCAGCGCGGCAAGCUUGACGGCGGCAAUCCUUUUCCUGAAUACUGAAUAUGUGUGUUUCUUAGAGUGAAGCCAUGAUUAGCUUACACCAAUUGGUUAUAUGCUAAAGAUGAUGUAGAAUUGAUAUACCGGUUGCCAAAUUAGUUUGUUCCUGACUGACUAACCUAUGAUUGAUCAAAUUUCGAUUUUCCAAAAUGUUCAAAGCCAUUAUCUUGAGCAAAACUAGAGUAAACAUGGUUGUUGCUCAGGCUCUUUUGAAGAGCUUGAUUAUGUGUGGUUGUUGCACUUCAUCAUCAAUCUGUCUUACCAGGACAAUAAAUGGUCAAUGUCCACCAUUUUACAAACGUAGCUAUGACAAGGAUAGCUGCAAUUGUUAGGUUUAUCCAUCUCAAACAUUCAAGUUGAAAGAAUAGUGUGAACAACCCUCGAAAAUACUCAGCUAGCGCUUUGUUUAGAAAUACUUUCCUAUAGAGAUCAGUACGCUCGCGCUCGGUCUGAAGGUAAGUGAAAUCUUCGUUUUGAAGCAAUGAGUCGUAAUUCCUUUUUAUCUUCUCUAUUUCUUGGUUGUACUCUAUUAGAAGUAGCGAUUUGUGUUCAAAAAAUAGAUGUGCAGCCAAGGAAGAAAUGAAAAAACUUAUGACCAACACAGAACAGAUAACAGACAGAACAAAAAAAAAAGUAAAUCUUAUGUUCAUGGUCUUUGCUAAGCACAUUGUUGGAAUGCAUUAACCUGUCCAACUCAUUUUUCAGCUGUUCUUCACUAAGUUCAAAAGCUAAUACUGAAUUGUUACUGCCUAUUGUUUAAGAACCAACACUAGCUGACACAGUGACAUCUAUUAGCAAUUGGUGUGUCAAUGUGUAGUUACUGAUGGACAAUGUUGCAGAUAAGCUAUCCAAACACGGAAAAAAAAGAAUCAACACGAACUGAGCCUCCUUUCUACAUUUUCUUUUGUGAAAACAUGUUCUUAUAAGUUAUCGUCAAGAGUUAUAUGGAAGAUAGUUGUAUGUCUAUGACAAAAUUACUGAAUAUCCAAACUCGUCACAUAUCAAAUUUUUAUAUUGCUCACCGUGGAAGUAUGCCUAGAGAAAUGCUCAAAAUGACCUCGGCGUCUCCACAUACUACAGAAAACUAAAUAAUAACCCACUCAAGGGAACAAGCAAACCAGGAUCCAUAAAGUAUUUUAAAAGCCAAAUAAGGAAUUUUGUUGUAUCAACCAGUUUGCCGGAUGAGGUCACGUUUAACACAAUAAUUGCUGGCACAGGUUGUGUUUCUGAAAUUUCAGGAUGUUAGUCCUAGCUGUAGACCUGCAGUAAAUGAUUCCCGAACAACAUGUUUGUAACUCGCCGCUGCAUUCUCUUAUCUUGUUAUAGGACGGGUAACUGCUAUUUGUAGGGACUUGUAAUGUAUUUUAGUAUUUACAAGGAUGGGGAACUUUCUGAUAUCCCGAAAGGAUACCGUGAAGGAAUUCCCGGUUCCAUGAUAAUUAAUGAACCUGCCAAAGUGGAGUAGUAUCUGAUGGUGGAACAUUUAUGUCAUCACGAUUAUAACAGAAAAGCUUAUUUGUAAUACAUAGAGCCUGGGUGUGUAUCACCAAACGGAAUGGUCUUGAUAGAAGGUCCAGAUCAUGUAGAGUAAUGAUGCAAGCUCUUCAAGGAAGAAAGAAAUGUGAUUUGUACAUUAUCAUGAAUGGUCCACCCUUAAUUGAAAGUUUUGAUUACGAUGGCAUGACUGAAGA